GAAAACUAAACCGAGAUGGAAUCUCCCAGUCUGAACCGGUUUCAACCGGUUGCGAGUUAGUUGCUUGAGAGAGGAGAGGAGGCGCAGGCAUACAAUCUCUACACCGCCCGCUGGAAAAUUAUUAGAGUAACAAAUUAAUUAGUGAAUCAAGGUUUACUUUGUUUCGUAAAAUGUAUCGGAGUGACAAAUUCUUGGGUUUGCUGUGAUAGUAGUUUUGGAAUCCACAUCAGUGGUUCUUACCAGCCAGACAUCACUCACUACUGGAACUGGAGAUAGUCAACGCUGCAGAAAUAGGAAAUCUUUUCUAAUCAACAGUGAUACUGAAGCCCUCACUAUAUCUUGUAGCGUCUUUGGCAAACGCCACUCUUUUCAGUCAGAGCCUUGGACUUUAGAGCUCUAUGCCAGCAAUUAUGACAAUGUUAGCAGACCAUGCAGCACAGCAGCUGCUGGACUUCAACCAGAAACUGGAUAUCAACCUGCUGGAUAAUGUGGUGAACUGUCUAUAUCAUGGGGUGGGACCACAGCAAAGAAUGGCACAGGAAGUGUUGACACACUUAAAAGAGCACCCGGAUGCCUGGACGAGAGUGGACACCAUCCUUGAGUUCUCCCAGAACAUGAACACCAAAUACUAUGCUCUUCAGAUUCUGGAAACGGUUAUCAAAACAAGAUGGAAGAUUCUUCCCAGGAAUCAGUGUGAAGGUAUAAAAAAGUAUGUUGUUGGUCUCAUUAUCAAGACUUCAUCAGAUGCAUCAAAUGUGGAGAAAGAAAAGGUGUACAUUGGGAAGCUGAACAUGAUCCUUGUUCAGAUCCUGAAGCAGGAGUGGCCCAAACACUGGCCCACCUUCAUCAGUGACAUUGUGGGUGCAAGUCGUACCAGCGAGAGCCUUUGUCAGAACAACAUGGUCAUUCUCAAGCUGCUCAGUGAGGAGGUCUUUGACUUCUCCAGUGGCCAGAUGACCCAGGUCAAAGCCAAGCACCUAAAAGACAGCAUGUGCAAUGAAUUCUCGCAGAUAUUCCAGCUUUGCCAGUUUGUUAUGGAAAAUUCCCAGAAUGCCCCCCUGGUACACGCCACUCUGGAGACCCUCCUACGUUUUCUCAACUGGAUUCCUCUGGGAUACAUCUUUGAAACCAAGUUGAUCAGCACAUUGGUGUAUAAGUUCUUGAAUGUGCCCAUGUUUCGCAAUGUGACACUGAAGUGCCUCACUGAGAUUGCUGGUGUGAGCGUCAGCCAGUAUGAGGAGCAGUUCGUCACACUCUUCACCCUGACCAUGUGUCAACUCAAACAGAUGCUGCCUCUGAACACCAACAUUCGGCUGGCCUACUCCAACGGGAAAGAUGACGAGCAGAACUUCAUCCAAAACCUCAGUCUGUUCCUCUGUACUUUCCUUAAAGAGCACGGGCAGCUCAUUGAGAAGCGGCUCAACCUCAGAGAAACAUUAAUGGAGGCCCUCCACUACAUGCUGCUGGUGUCAGAAGUGGAAGAGACUGAGAUCUUCAAAAUUUGUCUGGAGUAUUGGAACCACUUGGCUGCUGAGCUGUACAGAGAAAGUCCCUUCUCUACGUCCACGUCCCCCCUGCUCUCUGGCAACCAGCACUUUGACGUGCCACCACGCAGACAGCUCUAUCUGCCUGUACUCUCCAAGGUGCGUCUGCUGAUGGUAAGUCGGAUGGCCAAGCCGGAGGAGGUAUUGGUGGUGGAGAAUGACCAGGGAGAGGUGGUCAGAGAGUUCAUGAAGGACACCGAUUCCAUCAACCUCUACAAGAACAUGAGGGAAACCCUUGUGUACCUGACUCACUUGGACUAUGCGGAUACAGAACGCAUAAUGACAGAGAAGCUUCACAACCAGGUGAACGGUACCGAAUGGUCCUGGAAGAACCUCAACACGUUGUGCUGGGCCAUUGGAUCCAUCAGUGGGGCUAUGCAUGAGGAGGAUGAGAAGAGGUUCCUGGUCACUGUCAUCAAGGAUCUGCUGGGUCUGUGUGAGCAGAAGAGAGGAAAGGACAACAAGGCCAUCAUUGCCUCCAACAUCAUGUAUAUUGUUGGCCAGUAUCCACGCUUUCUCAGAGCCCACUGGAAGUUCCUCAAAACUGUGGUCAACAAGCUCUUUGAGUUCAUGCAUGAAACCCAUGAUGGUGUUCAGGACAUGGCCUGUGACACCUUCAUCAAGAUUGCCCAGAAGUGCCGGCGCCAUUUUAUCCAGGUGCAGGUGGGAGAGGUGAUGCCCUUCAUCGACGAGAUCCUCAACAACAUCAACACCAUCAUCUGUGACCUUCAGCCUCAGCAGGUACACACGUUCUAUGAGGCAGUAGGUUAUAUGAUUGGGGCCCAGACAGAUCAGGCUGUUCAAGAGCACCUGAUAGAAAAAUACAUGCUGCUGCCCAAUCAAGUGUGGGACAGCAUCAUCCAGCAGGCCACCAAGAAUGUGGACAUCUUGAAGGACCCAGAGACUGUGAAACAGCUGGGCAGCAUCCUGAAGACCAACGUCAGAGCCUGUAAGGCUGUGGGACACCCCUUUGUCAUCCAGCUGGGACGGAUUUACCUUGACAUGCUCAACGUCUACAAGUGCCUCAGCGAGAACAUCUCUGCUGCCAUUCAGACAAAUGGUAAGGGAGGUGAGAUGGUGACGAAACAGCCCUUGAUCCGGAGUAUGAGAACAGUGAAACGAGAGACACUGAAACUGAUCUCAGGCUGGGUCAGCCGAUCAAACGACCCACAGAUGGUAGGGGAGAACUUUGUUCCACCGCUGCUGGACGCAGUCCUCAUUGACUACCAGCGCAAUGUCCCCGCUGCCCGUGAACCCGAGGUCCUCAGCACCAUGGCAACCAUCGUCAACAAGCUGGGGGGACACAUCACCAGCGAGAUACCUCAGAUCUUUGAUGCCGUCUUCGAGUGCACCCUAAACAUGAUCAACAAGAACUUUGAGGAGUUCCCAGAGCACAGGACCCACUUCUUCUACUUAUUACAAGCUGUAAACUCUCACUGCUUUCCUGCAUUCCUCGCCAUCCCCCCUGCCCAGUUCAAACUGGUGCUGGACUCCAUCAUCUGGGCCUUCAAACACACUAUGAGGAACGUGGCUGAUACUGGUCUGCAGAUUCUGUACACGUUGCUGCAGAAUGUGGCCCAGGAGGAAGCAGCCGCUCAGAGUUUCUAUCAGACGUAUUUCUGUGAUAUCCUACAACACAUCUUCUCUGUGGUCACUGACACAUCACAUACUGCUGGCCUGACGAUGCAUGCGUCCAUCCUGGCCUACAUGUUCAACCUGGUGGAGGAGGGGAAGAUCACUACAGUGCUAAACCCUGCCAGCCCCACCAACAACCAGGUGUUCAUUCAGGAAUACGUGGCUAACCUGCUCAAGACGGCCUUCCCUCACCUACAAGAUGCUCAGGUGAAGGUGUUUGUGACCGGGCUGUUCAGCUUAAACCAGGACAUUCCUGCCUUCAAGGAGCACCUUAGAGACUUCCUUGUCCAGAUAAAGGAGUUUGCAGGCGAGGACACCUCAGACCUGUUCCUGGAGGAGAGGGAGGCGUCACUUCGUCAGGCCCAGGAGGAGAAACACAAGAUCCAGAUGUCAGUCCCGGGCAUCCUCAACCCUCACGAGAUCCCUGAGGAGAUGUGUGACUGAGCACCAGCUCAACCAAACUGUACAGUACUCCAAACAAAAAAAAACAAACAAAUAAACCCUAACCACAGCAACCACAACAAAACCCAAGAGAGGCACUUGAGUGUGGCGGGAGGCCGCUCACCCUCUGCAGAGCGGGCCGUCCCAUUGGAUGUUUGUUGACCAAAACAAUGCCAACAAAAUGUAAAUGAUUACCGCGUCACCCUGUGGCCCUUUUUACAUAAUCUGCGUUUUCUAUGGAGACUUUUUGUGUAAUAUCUUUCCAGAACUGUUCAUCUAAGCUUAUGUUUUGUUGGUCUCUGGCGCAUCCCAAGACCUGCAUGAUGAAGUUGUAAUGAUUAGGACACCUUAACCAUCUUGUUUAUGUUCUGUUCCCUCCACCCCCAUGUUCUUUUUCCCAGUUCUUCCCUUUCCCCAUAUAUAUAUAUAUAUAUAUAUAUAUAUAUAUAUAUAUAUAUAUAUAUAUAUAUAUAUAUAUAUAUAUAUAUACACACACACAGUCUGAGCAGGGUUUUUAUGAAAAACGGCAUAUCUUUCAAGUCGGCAUAGAGGCGUCUAGACCUGUGGUGUGACAGACAGCAAGUGUUCUUUAGGGGCGCACACACCACUUGUUUGAUGCCCCAUGACAUUGUGGGAGAAUGUGAAUCUAACGGAUAAUGAAUGAAGGUCGAAAGAUGCUGCUUCACUUAUCAGCAUCUGUUGCUCAUGAAUUAUGCUUCACCUAAAAAAAACAAACAAAAAAAAAACAUGUUGCCAGCAGGAGGUUUUUUUAGGGAAAGCAAAACCGAAUAUGUGCAUAUCAUCCCAAUUGUAUAGCAUCUUUAAUACCAUGGGAACAUUUUUUUUUCCUUUUAUUCUAUUGUUUCUUUUUGUUGUGGGUGUGUGCGCGUGUGUGCUGUCGCCUAGUCGACAUCAGCGUUUUGUUUUCCUCUAAGAGGAUUGUUGCUCACUUGUGAGCCUUCAUUAAUGGGAUGUUUUAAGGAAGUGGCGGAGGUAUUUAUGGGUUCUUAGUUGGUUGCAUCUUUAUAACAACUCCUGUUUAACUCAGAUGGCUUUGAAGAUUUUGAAUUGUACUAAUUUAGAUUGUUUACCAUGCAGUAGUGCUUCAAGACACUACCUUUAGAGCAAAAUGAAAAAUAAAACUGGGUUUACAUUUAAUUGAGUAUUUUUCAUUUGUACCUGUUUGAGUUCUGUCCAAAUAAAGGCUUUUUGUCCAGAGAGCAAAUUAAUUGCCAACGAGUUUAAUUAGGAAAAGAAUGUAUAAAUCCAAAUAAGUACCCAAUCUCUUAUGGCAAAUUUCCCUUCUCAAGGUGUUUCAUUUGUUGUGAACUUUUUGAACUGAUUAAAGUUGAGAAUUUUAUAACCCUG